AUGAGGGCUGCGCGCCUCCUGAAUCUCGGGGAGGAUGCCGCCUUCUUCCCACCCUGGGCGCUGGGGGCCGGGCGAACUGGGAAGCUGGCCUCCUACGCCAGUUUCCUCGAGGCGCCCCCGCAGCGGCGACGGUACACCUCCUUCGAGGAUGAGCCCGAGCAUCCGACGAAGGCAACUGCGAAGAUCUUGGGCCUUAACGGCAAGGUCAUCAACAUCACCCGCCGGCUGGGCGAAACGCAACUCUCGGAUCCUGCGUCGGGGUCGACCGAGUGGGAGGUGAACCAGCAGCUUUGCGAGAAGGACGAGUGUCCAGAAAGCACAGCUUUGGUCACCGUGAAAGAGUGCGUGGUGGUCAAGAACUUCAAGAAGGGCAUGCGGAAGGCACUGCCCAAGGGCCACUUCUGGGAGGAUGACAAGGACUGCAAAUACGUGCAACUGCCCCUGGCGAUGGUGAUCUCCGAGCAUGGGAAAUGCCUCUCCGGCGCAGCUGGCGGCAACUUGACGGAGAAGUGCAACCCAAUGAUGGUGAACUGCGGCCAUACCACUGCCUGCAACAAGUGCUUUAUUCUGCAGCGGGCGACCGAGAACAGCGUGUUCACGGGAUGGAAGCUGAAGACGGCCUGUGGCGGGCUGCGUCCGCCCAAGGAGAUGGCCAAAGUCAUGUCUGAGCUGGGCUUGAAGGUGCAAAAGGCAAAGUUCCUGACCAUGGACGCGGACGGAUCGUUGAAGUUCACGGAUGAGUACAACACUGAGCAGGACAGGCAGAUCUGGAAUCUCACGCCUUCCAACACGAGCUCCAAGGUAGAUGAAGUCGAGCUCCAUGAGAAGAUGUACAAGAAGCCCUUCCUCCUGGAGAAUGUGGCUUCCAAGCGCUUUCUGCUGCACGAGAGGCCGCCGCUCACGGAGGACACGGCGAGGUCGGACCCGCUGAACACCUACAUGGCCCAACUCCCGGAGAAGGAGUCCAUGCCGGAGCCGUUCAAGAACGACACUGCCGAGGCCAAUACCGUGACCAUCAUCCAGAAGAAGCAGUGGCGGCGCGGCUUUUGGCAAGGCGUGGAGAAGGCUGGCAGCACCUACCUGCAAGGGGAGAUGAUGCGCGCCGAUGGCAAGACAGUGCCCACGUUCAACUACCUGUCGGCGGGCCCCGACAAGGGCUACGACUUCACACGGCAUUUGCGAGCAGAGGACCUCUCCGACGACUGCCACGAUCGAUGGACCUUUGUCCCGAAGGAACGUGGCUACGAGUUGCGGACGGACUGCGAGCAUCCGGAGUACCUCGUGGCCAUGAAGAACGGGGACGGACCCGUCCAGUUCCACAAGAAGCCUUACCCUGGCCCUGAGGGGCUCUGGAACGUGAUCUUCGCCAAGCCUCCUCCACCUGAGCCGCCGCUGAACCAGGAGAAGGAAGCCGAGGAGCCGCAGGUCGUCGACAUGCCCGCCGACGUUCCGCCCGAGGUUGAAGAGAUGGCGAAGGUAGAUCCGGAGAAGGAGGGGAAUGCGAUGGAGAUGGUCAAGGAGGGCGACCAGGCGAAGGCCAUAGCACAAGCUGAGGCGGCCAACGCCCAGUAA